AUGUUGAGAAGACCUCCUACGACAUUACAGUUGGCACAAGAUGAUGUUUCUGAACUGAUAGCUGAGUUGGAAGAGGAGAAGUUACAACAGAGAAUUCAAUCACAACGUAAGAAUUUAAUACGAUCUUCCACUAGAGUGGAAAGUGGUAGAAGCGAUGAUGGUAGAUUGUCAGAACCAGCUGGAAUCGAUUCCAGCUUUCAAAUUAGUCCUCUCGAUGGCAAAAGACUUCCAUUAGAAUUAUCAGAAGGACCACCAAGGGCAUCGUCACAUUGGUCUAACAAUAACCGACCCAAUAAGGUACCUACUCCUGGAAUCAAUAUUAAUAAUAGUAAUAAUAAUAAUAAUAAUAAUGCUGAAAUCGCUGGUCUUAAUACAACGAAUCCUAAUACCGAAGGUAAUCCAUUUUAUAAUCAAAGCCAAUAA